CAACCUCUCUUUUGUAGUCCUAUAGUAGUAGACAUGGGCAAAAGAUAUCCUCCGAUCUCAAGCAAGUGAGCAACUCAAUCAUACAAUAGAAACCACACAAUUAUAAUUUGUCCAAUUGAGAACCAAAUAUACGCAAGGUCCACUCGAAAAAAGCAGGAGAAAAGAAACCAUGGCAUCCACAGCCUCAUAUCUUCGUCACCACUACACACCCCUCCACCCAAUCCGCAACUCUGUAUCCAACACCCCGCAACGGACCAAUGCACGUAUACCUUCAGCUAGCAGAAGAGACUACCUCCUCUUUACAGCAACGACGGUGCUGACAGCAGUUAACUUACCAUCAGCUAAUGCCAAAGACAUCCCAUUGUUCGGGUUGCGAAAGAGGCUAGAGAAGGCAGAGGAGCAGGCAGAGGAGCUAGUGAAGGAAGGCUUAGAGACCGUGGAGAAAGGCGUCGAGACAGCUGAGAAAGGAGUCGUGGAAGCAGAGAAACAGAUUGAAAAUGCAGCUGAAAGUGGUAGUUUUAGUGGGUUGGCUCAAGCUGGUUUAGUUGCUGGAGCUGAAUUGUUAGGCGUCCUUGUUGCUACCUCUAUUGUUAACGGUAUAUUGGGACCUGAGCCUAAAAAAGUCUGAUUUUCAUCAAUGUUAGUGAAAUUCUGUAAUAUCAAUAUGUAUGAGAUUUGAUUUGUUCUGCUACUACCAAAAAGUAUACCAGUUUCUCUUAUCCCUAUUAUACAGACAGAUUGUUUUUAACAGA